UCAGUGCUGACAGAGAAUGAACACAGAAUGGCUCUACUGGAAGUCAUCUUUGUUGUUGGACUCCUGUUUGAAGUGGGCAACAGUCAAGAAGAGAUUUAUCUCUACUCCCAACCUGGUAAAGAUGUCACCCUGCCCUGUGGCAGUCAGAAUCGAUCUCGACGAUGCUCCAACGUUUUCUGGCUUUAUUACAGAGAUUCAUCAGGAGCCACUUUAGAGACAAGGAGAGGAAAGAUUUAUCAGAGGUCACCCAGAGCUGAUCAGACGAGUUUGGGCAUCGACUGUUCUUUGGCCAUUAAAAAUGUCACUGCUGAGGAUGUUGGUCGCUUCACGUGUCGACAGAGAGGUCAACAAGCUGCCAAUGUGUACCUAAGUCUUCUCAGAAUCUCUCCAGAACCAGCAGACUUUGAUCCAAAGAGGGACGAUGAACUGAGCUUGGAGUGCUCUUUGAUGAGAUACAGAGAUCUCCACUCCUGUCCAUCGAACCCUCUCCGCUGGGUGGAUGAGACAGGAGCUACAAUAACUGAAGGUGUUGGAAAGAACUAUAGAGGUGCAGACUGUUUGUAUUAUCUGAAAGUGAAGCGUCAAAGUGGAAACAACAAGACAUUCACCUGCCAGGUCUUUAUCAACAACAAGGUGGAGGUAGAGGCCGACUACACACCUUCUUUCAAAGAUCCCACACAAGAUCCCACACAAGAUCCCACACAAGUUCCCACACAAGAUCCCACACAAGUUCCCACACAAGAUCCCACACAAGAUCCCACACAAGAUCCCGGCGUUGGUCCUGGUUCUGAUGCUGGUCCCAGUGAGUCCUCAAUUCUCAAAGCCAGGUUCAUCGUUGUCUCUGUGGGUUUAUCAGCUCUCAUCAUAACUGUUGUGACCGUCAACAUAUGGACAAGAACUAAAGGGAAACAAUCACAGAGGAAUGAUAAGGUGGUGGAUGAGGAUGAUGAAGAUGAGACAGUGAACUAUGAAAACAUCAGAGCUUCUGCAGAGGAUUGACCAACACUUGUGUCUCUGUCAGACUACACAGAUCAACAACAUCAUGAUCAGAGGAGUUCAUGUCAUCUUUCCUCGACAAGAAGGAGAACCUCCCUAAUCCUGUCACUAACUCUUGUAUUGAAGAUCUUGGUUUUCCCUUGAAAAAGGAGCCUAAAUAUGAUCAAAUGUAAAUGAACUGAAAAUGAGCAGACAUGUAUAAAUGUAGGCUUCAGUCUGAAACUAAGGAUGCACAUCACUCCAUCAGAUUCCCUUUAUAGACAUGAAUGUAUGUGUUUAAUAUUUAACCUGAUUUUCCCUCUGUACAGGGAGGAAGAAGAGGUUUGACUUCCACAAGGUGUCUGCAGGCUCCAGUUUACUGUCAACGUGUAUUUUUAUCUGCUCUCUUUUAUAUAAAUAGGUCUAUUUUUCUAAGAAUAAUAGUGUUAAUAUUUGUGCUUUUCUGGAGGAUUUAAAGCUGUAAUCAUAUAUUAGAUAUCAUGUUUGCUCAUUUAUAUUUUCAUAUAUAAAAUAAAAUGAUAGAGCAGGCACCUGAUGCCUAAAUAAGAGUUCACUUCUUCCCAUUUCUUUCAGACCUGCUAAUAAACUUUAUCUUUCUGCUGACAGU